AUGUACCACACGCGACUGAAAUCAGGCUCUCGUACGGGCUGGCUUUUCAAUUAUCACUCCACAACCGAGAUCGCCGAGAGUGAAAAUCGGGUUGAGGAAGAAGGUGCCAAUCGGGCCGCGCUCGUCCUGCUUUUUCAGGAUCAUGCGGGCGAUACCUUCUCGGUGUAUUUGCAUUAUGAACCGUACCUUAUGCUGCUUCCUGUCGAAGAUCAUGAGCGGGAUGUGGAGCUGGGUUUGAUGGCAAAGUUUGGUCCGCAGCUGAUUCAUCGUAUCGAACUCGUGGAGAAGGAGGACCUGGAUCUUAUAAACCACCUGAGUGGGCGGAAACGUCUUUAUAUGAAGGUGGUCUUCCAAAACGUGCAGGACCUCACCGCUGUUCGCGGUCAUCUAAGUCACAUUGUCCAGCGCAAUAACGCCAUCGCUUCCGACAACGCGUCCUUGUGGAAGAACUUCAGUAAUGUCUCGCUCGGAGAGGCGAUGGCGAAGCCUUUUGCGGAGGAUCUUUUCAACACCGGUGUCGAUCGCUGGACGGAAUGGGUGGAAGAUAUGCGUGAGUAUGACGUUAAAUACCACAUGCGCGUCGCGAUCGAUCAGAAAGUUUAUUGCGGGCUGUGGUACGACGUCAGCGUGAACGAAGGUGAGGCGAGCCUCGUGCGCUGCGAUGAUAGCAAGUACGCCCCUGCGAUGCCGCGGGUGGUGGCUUUUGAUAUCGAAACUACCAAAGCCCCACUGCGGUUUCCCCAGCCGGAGGUGGAUCAGAUUUAUAUGAUAUCCUACAUCCUGGAUGGCCGUGGGUACCUCAUUGUGAACCGUGAGGUCGUCACGAUGGAUAUCCACCCAUUUGAGUACACCCCGCGGCCAGAGUAUGAAGGGCACUUCGAAACCUUCAACGAACCGGACGAGGUGGGUCUUCUACGUCGCUUUUUUUCGGAAAUGAACACCUAUCGCCCGAAUGUCUAUGUCACGUACAAUGGGGACUAUUUCGACUUCCCUUUCAUUCACGCCCGCGCGCUUUUUCACCGGCUGAACAUGCGAAAGGAGAUCGGCUUCUCGCAAGGGGCCGACGGUGCCUUUCUGAACCAGCAAAUCCCCCAUUUGGACUGCUUUUAUUGGGUCAAGCGCGAUUCCUACCUCCCACAAGGGAGUCAGGGGCUGAAGGCCGUGACCAGGGCCAAACUCGGCUUUGACCCGAUUGAGGUCGACCCGGAGGAGAUGCUGCCGCUCGCGCAGACGCAGCCGCAGCGCAUGGCCUCCUACUCCGUCUCGGAUGCGGUGUCGACCUGGUAUCUUUACCAAAAGUACAUUCACCCGUUUAUUUAUUCCUUGGCCACCAUCAUCCCAAUGCCCCCGGAUGAUGUCCUUCGCAAAGGCUCGGGGGGGCUGUGUGAGUCGCUGCUCAUGGUAAAAGCGGAGGCGAAUAACGUUGUAUUUCCCAACAAGAAGGAAAUCCAGCGGGAGCAGUUUUAUGAGGGUCACCUCAUCGAUACCGAGACCUAUAUCGGUGGUCGAGUCGAGGCGCUCCGUAGCGGGGUCCAUCGCGCCGAUUUGCCCAUCGCGUUUAAUCUCAAUUCUGACACCUAUCAGAGCCUCAUAAAUGACCUGGACGACGUGCUGAAGUUCACCUUAGAGAAUGAAAACCACCUGGCGGUGGCGGAGGUGACGAACAUGGAGGCGGUGCGAGGGGAAAUCGUCACCGCGCUCAGCCGUCUCCGCGAUAACCCCAAACAGUACGAAAAGCCCGUGAUUUAUCAUUUAGACGUCGGCGCCAUGUACCCGAACGUGAUCCUCACCAACCGCCUUCAGCCCUACUCCAUCCCAAGCUCCGAUGUCUGCGCUGGCUGCUGCUUUAACUCCCCAACUAACGAGUUCGGGUGCAAACGCGUGAUGUCGUGGAAGUGGCGUGGCGAAUUGUUCACCGCCGGGCGCUACGAAUUUCAAAGGGUAAAGGCCCAACUCGAGAAUGAGUCCUUCGCCGACGUGGCGAUUCAGCAAGCAAAUCUCGCCGCGGUGCAGAAGAAAACGUACGGCAACCGCAAAGGCAACGUCUUGGAGGGGACGGCGUACGAACAGCGAUCCGACUGGAGACAACGCUGGGAGGGCAAGGGGGCGCAAUUCAACCCGGGAGGCGGGGGGUAUCGCAAGGGCACCAAACACCACCAGCGGGAGGCCGCUGAGGCCUUUCUGCCCAAGCAAACCAUUUCGGGCAAAUCGAAAGGCGACGCCGCAGACGCCGACAGUGACCAUCCCGAUAAUGAUUCGGAUGCGGAUGGUGGCGGUGGCGGUGGCCUGAAGUCGUAUCAGAAACUGAGUGAAAAUACGCAGUUCAGCAUUCUCAAGAAGCGCAUGGCUGAGUACAGCCGAAAGGCAUACGGCAAAAUUCACGAAACACGCGAAAUUAUGCGCACUAAUGUGGUUUGCCAGCGUGAAAAUUCUUUUUAUGUGGACACUGUCCGACAAUUCCGCGAUCGGCGUUACGAGUACAAAGCCGCCUUGAAGACGUGGAAGAAAAAACUCGAUGCCGCGAAGAGCCCGGACGAGGUGAAGCUCUGCCAGAGCCGGUGCAUCCAGAUGGAGUCCCUGCAGCUCGCUCACAAAUGCAUCUUAAACUCCUUCUACGGCUACGUGAUGCGAAAAGGGAGCCGGUGGUAUAGUAUCGAGAUGGCGGGUAUUGUGACCUACUGCGGGGCAUCGCUGAUUCAAAUGGCCCGCAGCUACAUGCAGGAUAUUGGCAUCACGCUUGAACUGGAUACGGAUGGAAUUUGGUGCUGUCUGCCGUGCACUUUCCCGCAAAACUUCACCUUCACGACGUCGAACCCUCAGAAGCCGAAGGUCACCAUCUCUUACUUGUGUGCAUUAUUCAACAAAAUGGUCAGCGACCGCUAUAGUAAUGAUCAAUACCAGGACCUCGUGCGCCCCGGGGUGUACGAAGCGCGAAAGGAAUGUUCGAUUUAUUUCGAGGUGGAUGGUCCGUACCUUGCGAUGUUGUUGCCUGCGAGUCGUGAGGAAGGGAAAAGUAUCAAAAAGCGUUAUGCAGUGUUUAACCCGGAUGGUCAGAUUGCGGAGUUGAAAGGCUUCGAGCUGAAGCGUCGCGGUGAACUAAUGCUCAUUAAAGACUUCCAGUCACAGGUGUUCCGCCGCUUUCUUGAUGGUGAUAGCUUGCAAGAGGCAUAUGCAUCCGCGGCUGCGGUGGCCAACAUCGCCCUGGACAUGCUCGAAAACAAAGGCGAAGGCUACGAGGUAGAGGAAAUUUUAGAAAAAAUCACGGAGAGCAGCAACAUGACGCGACGGCUGUCGGAGUACCCUGAGAACCAAAAAUCGCUCGCCAUCACAACAGCGCGUCGUAUUGCGGAGCUUUUAGGGCCGCAGAUGGUCAAGGACAAGGGCCUUGCCUGCCACUUCAUCAUCUCCCGCCUUCCUGUCGGCCGCCCCGUCACGGAGCGUGCGAUUCCGCUCACGAUCUUCCGCGUGGAGCCCGCGGUGCGAAAGCAUUUUCUGCAGAAGUGGACCGGCGAUACCUCGCUGACCUCGCAAAUCAACCUCACACAUUUGCUGGAUUGGGACUACUACACCACGCGCUUCAACGCGUGCGUGCAGAAGAUUAUCACGAUCCCAGCGGCGCUGCAGUCCAUCCCAAACCCGGUGCCGCGCGUACUCCACCCGGACUGGCUUCAAAAGCGAAUUAAACAACAAGACUCGCGCUUUCGCCAGCUUUCCCUUAGCGGGAUGUUUAGCAAAAAGGGGCCUACUGAGAACCCGAAAGCGGUGCGCAGUACUAAUACCCACAAUGAAGAAGACGAGGGCGAAGGGGAAGCCGGCAUCAUAGUGGAGGAUACACUUUCAGAGGCAGGACAUAAGGUGACGGUGGAAUUGCAAGAUGUUGAGGACUUGAUGGGGUGCGCAAGUGCUAAGCCCAAACCCAAACGCCCAACUCGAAAAGACGACCUCAUCCUUGGCGAUAGUGACUGGGAAGACGUCGAUGGCGGCGGUUCGUGUAUCAGUUCAGAGGAUGAUGCCGAGCGCAUCAACCGCGAGAAAGAAGAGCUUGAGGAAGUCGCUGUUCAAACACUCAAGGAGAAGUAUUUCUCACCCAAAAGCACAAAAGUAAUGGACACGUCGUUUUUCACCGAUUCUGGAAUGCCUGUAUGGCUAAAAAAACAAAAACAAGCAUGGAUUCACCGUGCGAAACUGCGCAAGGAACUCAUGGGUCAGGGCGAUGGUGCCGCAACGCAAUUCUCACUCGACACGGCGCAACGAACUCGCACCGGGCAUUUUAUCGAUCUAAGGUCGCGCGCGCUAUCCAGCAUGUGGAAUAUCCUAGAAGUACGAGAGCAGUCAGAUGAUCAGGAUACGGUUCUGGUCCUGGCGGCCUUGGGGGGUAUUAUCUGUACGUUUCGCGUUCAAGUACCCCGUCGCGUGAUUGUCGACAUGGACCCGCGUGCGCCGGUGCUUUCCUUCGACGAUGGGUCUGCUGUCGAAGUGUCCAACCGCAUCUUGCCUCGGAAUCGCCCUGGAGGACGGCAAUACCAAGUGAAUUUGCAGUCAGGUCCCACAGGUGAGAGACGACUGAAUGAAAUUUGCAUAACGGAAGGCGUCCGACAGGUGUACGAGGCGCACAUCACCCGAAUGGAUCAUUUGAUUGAAACUUUAGGAUGCUGCGUUGAUGUCGACACGGCGCUUUAUCUCGAGAACUCCAAAACCUGUCCUCCCUCCCAACGCGACGUGUUCAGGAUUGAGGAGCUAAACAUGUCUAGCAGCACACAGUAUCUUGACAAGCUAGUGGAACGUGUGGUUUUUGUCUUCCAUGCCGCGUCGGACACGCGUGGUAUAAUAGCAUUUGUGAACCGACUGGGCAACGCCGCGACGGUCGUCUUUGUCCAGCCUGUGGCCGCGGCACCACCUUCCUUGAAUUGGACUGCCCUCCGUGAAGAGGCUGUCAAACAGCUGGGCGUGCAGGCCGAGGGUGAGCUAAACAUCCACACAAAGACGGUAUCGGACAUGGCGAGCGCGUGGCGUGUGGUGCAUCAAGCGCUCUCUGAAGCCUUAGAGGGCUCAAGCAAGGCCCCGGUGCUCGUUGCGCUCGAGAGCUCCCAAACCACCAGCCAGAUUCUUCAGCAGCGGGCGUUGCCGGCGAACGUGCCAUACCUGAGGCUCAUGGGCGCGGCUGAGGACGAGAAGCUGUUUACGGAUCCUUUUCGCUGGGCACGUUUGCUGAGCCUACGCAUGCUUCAGCGGUUCUACGCGUCCAAGCUAUGGGUUGAGGAGCGCGUGGCGCUGAGCCGGCUAUCCGGAAUCCCGGUAUGUAAUCUGGCGCAGGACAGUAGUGUGCAUGUGCUUGAUGUGCUCUACACACGCGCGCUCCAUCGCCGCUCACACGUGAUGUGGUGCAGCUCGGAUCCCUCUAUUGCCUUCGACACCAUUGAGGAGCGAUCGCGUGAGGUCGUUAUGCCUGGUGGGUACACCUCGUGGUGCGUUGAGUUCAGCCUCUCAAGGUUGGAUAUGGCAGCCAUUUUGUUCUCGCAGAUGAUACAGGAGGGUAUUGAUCCCGGCACACAAGCGCUGUGCGACCGAGGAGUCUCUUCUCACUUUAAUAUCCUCAGAGAUUUAGUCGCGGAUGUGCUCAGCCAGGCGGUUCAAAACAGCGUCGCGGAUAACCUCUUGAGUAAUGUUACUCGCUGGAUUCGUGAUCCUGUAUCGACGUGCUAUGAGCCACGCCUGGUCGAGACCCUCAACAACCUCUCCCAUCGGGCGCUGACAAUGGUGCUUCUGCGGCUUGCUAAGCUUGGUGGGCGCACUGUCAGGGUGGACAGUGCCUCGAUUACUAUCGUAACACCCAAAUACUCAAUACAGGAGGCCGCUAGCUUCACCCGCUUCAUCACCAACUCGUUGAAUGAUCAGCCCAUGCUAGUACUGUUGGCUCUGCAGCCGGUGCGGUACUGGUACCAAUUGGUCCUGUUGAACAAACGCAACCUUGCCGGGCUCUAUAUAGACGCCGCGAAUUCUGAGAUCUUGCGUCUGCAGGAUACACAAUCGCCUACAGAAAAACAGCAAGCGGGCUCCCUCCUACUGCCGCAUCUUAAACUCGAGCAGGUGUACACUAUCCACGGCCGUCUGCCACAGAGUUUAAAGCGUCGUAUUGAAGAGCGACUUCGCGGUAUUUUUUGGAGCCUUGCAAAUAUUAUGCAGCAAGUGAAGUCCGAACUCCGCAGCGACACCACUGUGGCGCUUGCUACCCGUGGCGAAGAUAUCCACGCCCGUUUUCUUCAGCGUUUCCAAAAGUUCUUUGAGACUGAAGUACAACCUGAGAUGAUCGCCGAGGUCGACACGGUGCGCGAGUCGCGAGACCUCUACACUGAGGAGGAACGCGAGGCCGCAGCCUCCAGCGCGGAUGAAAGCACUGUCCUGUGGUCCAGUGAGAAGCUCGCCCUGGAGUAUGCGAAGUAUAUCUGCUGCGUCUUGGAGCUUAUCCCCUGUCGGGAUGUGGUGAGCAAGAUUCGUAACAACUGCUUGCGGCUAUGCAAUGUAAGCCCCUUCUCACCACAGGCUGUUUUAGAAGUAGAUCCUCUGAGUCUGAUACACAUUCAAAGCAUUAUGUGCAGCUUUUGUAACGCUUAUGUGUGUAUUAACUUGUGCGGGAAGCCUAGAACUGGCGUUAUUACAUGCCCGCGAUGUCAUACACCCAUCGCGGCUGCUGGGUUAGAGGCAAGGCUUGUUAGGGAAGUGAACCAAAUGCUGAUGCAGUACGUACAUCAAGAUUUUGUCUGUUCCAGGUGUAAAGAAAUGGCGACAACAUACCUUUGCGACAAUUGUUGUGGUCCUUUUGUUGGAAAGGAGAGGUCUAUCCUGAAUUACCUCAAAGCGCUUAAGGUAAUUGCAAGUUUACGCGGAUUUUCUCUUCUAGAUGAAGUUCUGGAUGCUGCCAUAAUGGUCAUUUAG